GAGGAGGUAGAUGAUCCAGAGCUCCUCUUCUUUUACAAUGGCGACACCUGGUGGCGGAAUGGAGACACUGCAGGCUGCAGUCAAAACAAACCUCAACCUUCUCUUGUCCCUGGAUUCUUUCCGUAGCUUGCGCCAACUGUAAGCUUAUGUCGCUUUGACAUAUAGGAGUGUGACAAUUGUUGCAAAGGGUGCAGGAUUAUCGAUAUCAGUAUGGAUUUCCAUCAGCCACACUUGAUCGGUGAUUGUCUCAUUCAUAUUUUUACAUUUCUGACUGAGGAGGAUUUAAUCAGCGCCUCCAGUGUGUGUAAGGACUGGAACGAGGCUGCAGAGACUCCUUGGUUAUGGAGGAGGAUGUGUCUGCAGCGCUGGAGUUUCUGUAACCUGUCUGUGUUGGCGAGUGAACACGUGAAGCAGUCAUGGAAGAGAUACUUCCUGCGACGUUGCCAUUUAGAGAUGAAGAUGACGAAAGGCAGGUCAGGAGGUUACACCUGCAAAAGCCUCAGAGGACACACAGGCCGGGUGGCAGGGUUUGUGUACCUGCAGGGGAACUCAGCUCAGCUUCCUGACCUCUGGGACAGCAGCAGCGCCACAGUGUGCAGCGCCUCGGCUGAUGGGACAAUCCGAGCAUGGGACAUCCAAAACGGUAAAGUCCUGUGGUGCAGCCCUGUGCAGAGUCCUCUGACGGCCAUAAUAAGUGAUGAAAAGCAUGAAGUUGUGAUCACAGCAGACUCCACAGGCCUCAUCAAGACCUGGCAGGGUCAGAGCGGCCAGGAGGUGGCCUCCUAUUCUUCUGCAUCCCCAGACUGUACAUUACUACAGUACAGUAUCAACGACAAGUGGUUUCUGACUGUUGGAACCAGUCAGGGAUCCGUGUGUACACUAGCUGAUUCAGCUUUGACGAAAAAGUCUAGCGUUACUGUGUGUGACUCCUUUAAAGUCAACACACUCCUUAUUUCACCUGACAGGAAAUGGAUCGCUGCUGGAACUAAGGACAACGAUGAUAUCAGUCCAAAGGUGAUUUACACUGAGACUUUGACCUCGCCGACAGAGGACGAGGAUCCUCUGUGCCAGUCUGUGCCCGUCGCUGGCUGCCAGGCGGCUGUCUUCGUCCCCACCCAGCCCGCCAGACUGGCCAUUAUCCACCACCAGAGCCACAAUAACAAAGCCCUCACUGUCUUCGAUGUCAGCAUUACAAAGACUAAGUACAAGUCAGAGAUCAAGGUCCAGCAGGUGGAGUCCUUCCCGUUGACGCUGAACUCUGGGUCCUCACAAAUCCUUCUGGAGGCUAAGGACAGCAACUGCUUAGUGUUGGCAGCUGGUCCAGAGCUGAGGGUGUUCUCUCUGAAAGGAGCCCUGCUUGCUAGCUUUCAAGAGCACACUAUGCCUAUCUCUUCUAUAUGUGUGGAUAGCUUUCGUGUGGUGACGGCAUCCAAGGACCUGUCCUUACGAGUGUUGACAUGGAGAAAAGACAGAGACCAGGGGUUGACCCUGGAGAGCAGAUACCACUUACUGGGAGGCUCUCACACAAUGUCCAGAGGGUUCACUCAUGUCGCCUGCGAUUACUCCAGCAUCGUAGCCUCGACAGAAGGGAAUGACGGGAAAGACGUCCUCAAAGCGUAUUCUUUCACCUCCUGAGCUUCGCUGCUCCACAUUAAGGGCAGGAAGAGGAUUUUUGCUUCUCAUCCUCUUCGAUGAACGCACUUCUCAUGUCCUCAAUGACACACUGGAGGGCUCUAGUCAUGGAUUCAUACACUUUGCUUCCAUCCUCUGAGUUGUUUUCCAUCUGUUCAAAGGCAGACAAGACUCAUAAGUUGACAAGGAAAUCAAUUAAACUGUUAAAAAGAACCAUGUGCAUUGAUUUUCUUACCCAGGUGAAAGCCUUUAUUGUACGAUUCAGGAAA